CAGUCUGCGGCGAGGAAGCGGUGGGGAAACACACCCUGACCAUUAGUCUGUAGAUUACUCUAUAGGCUACACCCUCACCAGUACCAGCUAUCACUAUAUAUUGAGCUGCCACCACAGGGAAAAUCACAGCCAUGGGGCGACUAUUGAAUUUUAGUGAUGUUGGUGCUCUAUCGUCUCUCCUGCUGGUACUCCUGCUGUGCCUCGCCCCUCCCAGCCAAGCCGAUCAGCAGGACGCGGCGGUGCCGGAUGAAAUGCAUGACGCUGCGUUGCUUGAGGAUCGGGGGGCUACGCCGGCCACCGAGGGGGCUACGCCGGCCACCGAGGGGGCUACGCCGGCCACCGAGGGGGCUACGCCGGCCACCGAGGGGGCUACGCCGGCCACCGAGGGGGCUACGCCGGCCACCGAGGGGGCUACGCCGGCCACCGGGGGGGCUACGCCGGCCACCGGGGGGGCUACGCCGGCCACCGGGGGGGCUACGCCGGCCACCGGGGGGGCUACGCCGGCCACCGGGGGGGCUACGCCGGCCACCGGGGGGGCUACGCCGGCCACCGGGGGGGCUACGCCGGCCACCGGGGAGGUGAGUACAACGCUGCCCCUGAUGGAGUCGCUGGAUGAUGGGCCAGCGGGCGUGCCGGCGUCCGAGCGGGUGAACGUGUCCGUGUACUUUGAGGCGUUGUGCCCAGACAGCUUCAGGUUCAUCCGCAGCCAGGUGCACCCGGUGAUGGAGGACCUGGCGGACAUCAUCACCCUGGAGCUACACCCGUACGGGAAGGUGCGGAUGUUGCAAGACGGGCAGAUGAUUUGCCAGCACGGCCCGCUGGAGUGUGCCGCUAACAUGCUGCUGUCCUGCGCUAAGAGACUCUCAGAGGAGGAUGCAAUCUUCCUAAAUUUCACGCGAUGCGUCAUGGAGCAGCGGGCGGCCCCGGGCGCCGGCGAGACGUGUGCCAACCAGACCGGGGUGGUGUACGAAGAUGUGGAUAGGUGUGUGACGUCUUUGGAGGGUGCGAGGCUGCAGCAGCAGGAGGGAGAGAUGCAGGCCUGCCUCGACCCCCCCCUCACCUACGUACCCUGGAUAACCAUCAACGGGAGGUUCACGUGGGCGCAGCAGGUGGCCGCGGAGAGACACCUUCGGCGGGUGGUGUGCACCACCUACCAGGGACCCAGCCCGGCGGGGUGUGCCAUGGCAGGCUGAUGCUCCGCGCCGCGCCCCUCGGAAUACAAAGGCCGUUAUGAGGAAUCGAGAAAAGCGCAGUGAUUAACAUUUGAACUGCAUCAGUAAUGGAAAGUUUACUAGAAAUGUCGCGAAAAUAUUGGUGUUCGUACACUAUUUUUACCUCGUUUAUCUAUAUUUGUCUACGUAAGUAGUCAAGUUUAUAAUAAAAAUUAGUAACCUACAAAAUUCCGUUAUUCAAACUUUCAAUGACCUCCUGUUAGCCGUAGUUUUCCACAGCACUGUGUGGGUAACAGACGGAGCUGAGAAUAAAACCAAAUUUAU